AUGGCCACAAACGGUAAUAUUAAUCACUCCGACCAGUUCGGUCCCGCCUCGACUGCCACAUCAACUGGUUCCGCCGCCCCGGCUGUCGACCAGGCCAGCAACAGCACCUCGGGUAACAACCUUGGCAAGGAUGAGGUGGCCUGGUUCUUCGUCGAGCAAUACUACACCACCCUGAGCAAGACACCUGAGAAGCUUCACCUAUUUUACGGAAAGCGUUCUCAGUUCGUCUAUGGAAAGGAAGCCCAGGUCGCCAACGUUUCCGUUGGUAGACAGACGAUUCAAGAGCGCAUCAAGGAGCUCGACUUCCAAGACUGCAAGGUCCGAGUUUCCAACGUCGACUCUCAGGCGUCCUUUGAAAACAUCGUCAUCCAAGUUAUCGGCGAGACCUCCAACAAAGCUGGUGACCCCAAAAAGUUCGUCCAGACUUUCGUCCUCGCUCAGCAACCGUCCGGAUACUUCGUCCUGAACGACAUACUCCGAUAUAUUGACGAGGAUGGCGACGAGGAGUCGACUGAGGCAGCCGCACGGCCCACGGAGGGCGGCUCGGUAGAAUUCUCCGCCCUUGCUCCAGCAGAGGUCAAGGAAGAACCCGAGUUAGCGGAGACUGAAUCGGUCGCGGAAGAACCCGCCUCGCUCGAUGCUGGUGUCAUCGACCAGAAGCUAGAGGAGGCUGGAGCCACUACCGAGGAUACUGCUUCGGCGAAUGGCGACUCGGUUGCCGAGACCUCUGCUGAGGAAGUUCCCGCAGUUCCAGAGACCGCGAGCAAGCCAGUCGAAGAAGCCGCCCCCGACCCCGAGGUCACUGCACAGGAGCUCGCCGAGGAGGAAAUCAGGGAGACUGAAAAGCCUACCGACCCGGCCCCGACGCCCGUCGCAGCUCGCAAGCCGGCUCCCCCAGUUGCCGCGCCCCCUGGACCGCCGAAGCCCAUGACAUGGGCCAGCCGUGCUGCCGCCGCCGCAGGCCCCCGGCCUGUUGUGCCGCUCCCAAAAACCGCCACUCCGCCCACAACCGCCCGUUCUGCUGCGCCCACUCAACCCGCAGCCCCGCAAGCAGCCCCGCAGGCAGCCUCGCAAGCAGCCGCUGCUCCCGCCCAAAGCACCGAACCUGCAGCCUCCGCGACUCCCGCUAAGGAAGCGCCUACUGAAUGGCAGACAGCCGGAAGUGACUCGAAGAGGCAAAACAGACCUCAGUCGAUCUCUGGACCCCUAUCUGAUAAGGAUGGUACCAUGGGAUAUGUCAAAUACGUCACAGACAAGGUAAAGAACGAGGAACUGAAGGCAGCCCUGGCGCAGCACGGCGAGUUGGUCUACUUCGAUAUCAACCGCCAAAAGAACUGUGCCUUUGUCGAGUUCGCGAAUGCUGCCGGUUACCAGGCAGCUGUGGCAGCGAACCCGCACACUGUCAAUGGAGAGACCAUCGUGGUCGAGCCCCGGCGUCCCAAAGCUGGUGCUUAUGGUGGCAGCAACUACACCGCUACCCGAGGGGGCAGCAUGCCGAACCGCGGAGGACGUGGCGGAUUUGAUGGUCGAAGUGGAAGCCAGGGUGGUCGAGGCAACUUUGGAAGUCAGGGACGUGGCAGAGGUGGAAUGCCGCGGGGUGGUCGAGGUGCUUCCCAGGCCACCAAUGCCUGA